AAAAAAACAAUAGACUGAAUCUAAGUAAACGAGGCACUCAACGCGAAUGUGCUGUCAGCGGUGCUUGGACACAGUCAAAAUCAAAAAUCCACAAUACACACCGUUUAACAGUUAAACACAUAAACGCUACAGUGGCGGUGGUGACGGCAACGACAUGUAUUCUAAUGUGUAUGCGUCGAGUGUACAAAUCAUAUUAAGUUUGCUUAGGCGGCACAUUUUUUCCAGAUUUUUAUUUAUUUUCACAUGAUUUCCAGUGAAAUAUGGCAUAGUUUACUUUGCAUUGGAAUGUCUCAACAAAAUGUUAGUUUAUUCGAAUGAUUCAUGCUUCUUCGUCGCAUACAUUGCACUUAUGUAAACACAUACAAAUAUUUUGCAAAUCGAAUCUUCUCAAUUGAAUCGUAAGAUAAUCAUCAGAUCAUACGCCGAAUUUGUUUUUUUCCGCAGAAUAAAAGUCGUGCCAAUCGGAUUUGUUUACUUUUUGAAUUAUGUGCUAUGAAAACAAUUUUCAUGUGGCGCCAUCUUCGCCUCGGCGAUAUUCAACACAGUAACUACUGUGCAUUAUAUCGCCGGCUGUCAUGAAUCAACCGAAAAGUGUCAAUUAUUAUUCAUUGAAAUAAAUGUUUGAGUGUGCAAAUUGUGCGUUUGUUUUCGUCGCUAUUUGCCUUUGCUUCGUUUCAUUUCAAUUUCCAAUUCGUCGAUUCAUUGCUAUUGAGUUCAGCCAAUCAACGCGUUGCUCGGGCCAUACGAGCGAAAGUUCAUACGUUGUAUGGAAAUUAAAAUAGUCGGAAUAUUAUUGCGUUGAUAAACAGAACAGUUGUUGUUAGUUGGCGACAUUUUUUUUUUAAAUUCGUUUUGUGAUAUUUUUUCAUUUGGACUACGUGUCUUUUCAUCUUGUUACGUACAAGAGAAAAACUUCGAAAUAUGAUUAGAUUGGGCAUUUGGUUAGCGUGUUUGAUGUUUGCACAAACCAUAAACACUGAAGCGGUGUAUUCACAGAAAGAGUUGACAGUACGCGUAGAACCGGGAGGCAUUGAGUGUUUCUACGAACGAGCGCAGAGGAAUCAAAUAAUCGAUCUCGAGUACCAAGUAAUCGAUGGUGGGCAUGGUGAUUUGGAUAUAUCGUUUGAACUUCAAAACCCAAAUGGACAUCCCAUGGUUACGGAGUACAAAAAAUCGGAUAACAUUCAUCGGAUGGAUUUAAACAUUGACGGUGACUAUCGAUUCUGUUUCGACAACUCGUUCAGUUCGUUCAAUACGAAAACGGUCUUUUUUGAGCUCAUCAUCGAAUGGGAUGGAGAGCAGGGCGGAACCGGUCGAGAAGAUGAAUGGGGCAAAGACGUUUUGGAAAAUGCUCAACCAGAUCAACUACUUAAAGAAAGGGUUCAAGAGAUUCAAGAGACGAUUUUCAAGUUGCACGACAAUCUCAAUACCAUUCAGCGGGCAUUGGAUGUUCGACGAUCCAGUGAAGCUCGAGACCGUAAUCUUGCUGAAGAGAAUAAUUUCAAAGUGGGAGCUUGGUCGACAUUCCAAAUCAUUCUCAUGUGCAUCGUUGGCAGCAUUCAAGUAUAUAUGCUGCGCAGUCUCUUCGAAACCGAUCCGAAGACAAACAUUUGGAAGAAAAUGAAAUUCCUCAAGUAAACUAGAUCCAUACCAAAUGCGUCGAAGACUGACUUACUAACCAUCAACCAAUCUCAACCGCAAUUAACAACAAUUUAAUAUCACAUUUAAGAGACAAUGCCAAAGAUCGCAACAAGCGCUCAAAUCUCAUCUAUAAGCUUUUCCAACCAGGAAUGAAAAAAAAAAGAAACAUCAAACGAUUUAGUAAUACAUACGAUUUUGUGUACAUCGAACUUUAUCAUUUAUAGAUUAAAUGUACGUGAUCAAUGCGAAUAUGCGAUAACCAAGACACAUGUACACACGAAAUAAUUGCCACCACAUAGUAAGAAUUAAAUUUCCCCUUUCUUCGUAUCGUUGCUGGCAAGAGCCAUGAAUGCUUAUCGUAACAACUUGCAUUCGUGGCUAAUUAAAGAUAAAUAAUUUUCAGUUUUGACAUGUUCAUUUAUAUGUAAAAGAAUUUAGUACAAUUGCACGAAAUUUAGCAAAAUAAUACAUCGCACAUCACUUCGUAGGUAAAAGAAUGUUUCGACAGUAAACGUUUUUUUUUUCUUUCUUUUCUUUUAUUUCGAUUGUAAAAAACGGGUGUUUGAAUGUGAGUAGAGAAAAUGAAACCAAAUGAAAAAAAAAUACAAAUAAACAAUCCGCAGCGAAAAGGAUUUAAAUGAUAUGUGAAUAAGAUAAUUUCAAUCAAUAAAACUGUUUGACAUGUGAUUUUGAAAUAA